AUAUCUUCUUUUCUUUAUAGAAGCAAUCUCAUGGUUGACCAUUCAUUCUUGAAUAAUGAGAUCCAAAUAAAGUUGGGAGGAGACCAUGGCGGCAAAUCUUUUAAGAUGAAUUACCAGCUGUGUAAUUCAUCAAAGCCUAAUAAUAAAGAUAACACAGUGGUUUUCAGCAUAUUUGAGGCCAAAGAUUAUAGAUCUAACUUGAUGGUUGGUUUGUCCAGAUUCACCAAACAAAUAGACCAGUUAGAACAAAUGAAAUGGAGGGAGGCAUAACUGUUUAUUUUGCCACAUUACAAAAAAAGAAAUGCAGAAGCCCAAAGCUGAAAGAGAAGCAGUUACCCAGCGAACUUUAAAAUCUUUGACAGAUGACUUACUGGCAUUUCGCCAGUCAGGAGGUGACAUCAAAAAUGCCAAACACUUUAACAAUGUAAUUCAUGAACGGUUAUUCAACAUUCCAAUUGACCAGGUUGCAUUGCCUGCACUACACAUCUCCUUAGGAACCUUCCUUAAAAUAUUUAAUAUGCUUGAAACUGCUUGCUCAGAUUUGGACAUCAAAUUGACAGCAAAUGGCCAAAGUUUGGAUCCUGAUGCAUUAACUUUUAUUGAGAGAUGCCAGAAAUUGAAAGAUUGUAAGUGGGUUAUAAAAGACUGCGAGGAAAAGAUUGAACUCGUUAAUCAGGCAUUGGCUGUUGAAAUUUUUCGAAAUCCCGAAAAUGCAAAUGAACUCCGGAACAUAUAUGAGCCUAGAAUAGUAUUCUUAAGUAACAAGUUAAAAGAAAAGUCUAACGAGGCUGAAAAAAUUCAAAACGAGUCAGGAACAGAGCGAUGGGAUGGUCCUUGUACAAGGAAACUUGAUGAAACUUUAAAACUGUUGAAUGUUGAACGACAAGCGUACCACGGGCGGAGUUUUGUUGGCAACCAUGUGCAUAAAAUGCUCAAGGAUGAUAACAUCAUGAAACUUUGUAACUCGAUACCUGAGUUGAUAUGUCACAUGGGAUAUAGAGGUACAGAUGUUCAUAAAGAAGCCAUUGGAAUCUGUGUUAAGUUCAAGAAGCUUUUCUGGUACUAUGCACAAUGUCAUGCGUUAAUGAACAGUAGAGAGAAAUUUGACGAGAAAAUGUUGAAUGAUUUAGAAACUGCAAUUGAAAACUUCAUGAACUUUUACCGAAAAACUUGGCCAGAUGCGUCGAUUACGCCAAAGUUACACAUGCUGGAAAAUCAUGCGAUUGAUUUUGUCAGAAGAUGGGGUACAGCAUUUGGUUUUUAUGGAGAGCAGGGUGCAGAGAGCAUUCAUCCAACAUUCAACAAGUUGAUGGCUACUUAUUGUCAAAUGAAGCCUCCCACAAAGCGAUUGCAAGCAAUGAUGAACGAACACCUGACACGUGUCCACCCCAGGUCGCAAGUGCUUCGCCCCUCAAUUAGGAAAAGAAAACAUGAGGAAUGACACUAAAAUGACACUUAGGCCACCAUCAAAAU